AUGAAGCAGCCGGCGGCGAGCCCGGGGCGGACGGAGAAGCAGCAGCAGCUGCCGGCGCCGCCGGGGCUGGCGCGGCUGCUGCUCAGCAAGAGCCGGCGCGGGGGGCGGUCCCGGCGCGCGCCGGCCACGUCGCCCAUGUUCGUGUCCCGGGGCCGGAGCCGCGCGGCCGCGGGGGCGGACGGGGAGCCGUCGUCGCCCAAGGUGACGUGCAUUGGGCAGGUGCGGAUGCGCAAGGGGAAGAAGGGCGGCAAGAAGGUGGCGGCGGGGAGUGGGGCGCCGGCCAGGGCGUCCACGCCGGAGAAGGCCAGGGGGUACUGCCGGUGCCUCAAGAAGGCGUUCCUCUGCGGCGGGCUGUUCGGGUUCGACCGGGGCGGGCGGAAGCAUAAGGCGCCGUCGCCGGUGUCGGAGCGGAGCCGCCGGUCGCCGUGGGUGUUCAGCAGCAGGGACGUGGCCGUCGCCGCCGCGCCCAAGCAGCCGGAUCCGAGAAGCGAGCUCGCCCAGGAGGAGGAGGACGAUGAAGAGAUGGGUGUGGGAGUCGGUGUCUUCUGCUCGGUGGAGCAAGACGAGGCGGAGGAGCGGGGGAUCAACAACGGUGGCAAGAAGGAAGACAAAGAGGCAGACGAGGCGGCGGAGCUCGUGUCGACGGCGACCGCGACGCCGCCCAAGAACGCGCUCCUCCUGAUGCGCUGCCGGUCGGCGCCGCAGAACCGCACGUCCCCGCUCACCGCCCGGUUCGCCGCCGCCAACGCGCCUUCGCCGGUCCAGGAAACGGUCGAUUUCGCGGUGGAGAUCACCCCGACGGCGUCAGCUCGGGCGUCUCCCUCUCCGCGCAAGCCUGAGAUGGUGGCGGUGGAAACGGACGACGAGAAGUGGCAAGAUAUGCUCUCGAGCGUCGCGCAGGAGCAAGAACAACAAGAGGCGCGUGCAGAACAAGAGGAGCAAAGCGACGACUACGACGAGGAAGAAGAGGCAGAGGAGCUGAGGUGCUCGUCGGCGCGGCCGCUGGUGCUGCCGAGAUGCAAGUCGGAGCCGGCAACAACCGCAGCGGCGAAGAUGGCGGCCGGGAUCGGCUCCGAAGCAGCGCCCUCUGGGUGCUUCUGGGCUCACGGCGGGGGCAGCGGCCGCCGGAGGCACGCGCCGCCGCUGUCGCCGGUGUCCGCCGCUCCGCUGGCCUUGACCGGUCACUGAGUAGGUGGGGACCCAGGCUGUUCCCCGUAUACUAGUAAGGUUUUCCUUUUGUGUUGCUGUCGCUGUCGAUUAAUUAAUGAGGUUUAGACUGUAGUAAGAUGUAAUUUCCUGUGGGUAGAUGCAAUCUCCUUGCCCUGCCUCUGGGCAAAGAUGCUUGUAGAAAAAGGUUUCAAUCACGCUGUAAAUCCUUCUCCUGUCGCCAUUACUAGUACCGUAUGAACUAUUUUAUCUUAA